CAUAUAAUCUCUCUCUCAAUCUCUCUCUGUAAAAUCCUAUAACGCACCCCCCCCCCCCCCCCCCCUCUCUCUCUCUCUCUCGGGUCACUGUCACUUCUCUGCUGCACACAAUUGCAGUCCGGGCACCGUACUUUUACUCUCCGGCUAGAUGUUGAUAUGAUGAAGCUUAAUGCUGGACUGUGAGGUGCACGAUUCACUCGAAACCACCCUCACUCUCUUCUGAAAACUUUUCUUCACCUUUUUUUGGUUCUUCAACUCAACUAGUACGUGAAAGAUAUAAUCUACAAACUAUUUACUCUAUUCAAGUGGCAGACAGAGAGUUCAUGGUCAAUUGCAAUUGUUCGAAAUUUUUGAGAUAGACAUGCCUUGGUGGGCAAAAUCCUCAUCAAAGGACGCAAAUACAAAAUCAAAUAAAGGAAGCUUUAUUGAUAAAUUACACAGGAAGUUCAGGACUGUGUCUGAAGGGAAGUGCAAAAGUGGAUCAGGAGCUUCUGGCAAACAACAUUGUGAUACUGUAUUAGAACAUGCAUCUCCAUCUCCAGCAACAUCAUCCUCCACACAAGUAUCACGAUGUCAGAGCUUUGCGGAGAGAAAUCAGGCCCAACCACUUCCCCUUCCUGGAAUGCAAAAUACUAAUGUACGUUGUGAAGGUACUAGAAAGAAAUCAAGAGCAAAAUCUGGAGCCAGCAAAGGUUCCAAACAGUUUUUGUUUGCGCCCCUUCCCAAGCAGGGUGGUCUGCCAUAUGGUCCAGAUCCUAUAGAUGCUGAGGCAGCUGUAGGGACUACUUCUGUUUCUAGUGAUAUAUCUACUGAUAGUGAUUAUCCAUCAGACUCGCAUCUCCCAAGUCCUCAUGCAUCUGAUUAUGAAAUAAGGAGUAGAACUGCGAUUGACAGUCCUUCUAGUUUAAAGAAGACACAGUUGCCUAUCACUACCCAGAACAAUUCAAGAGGGAAGCUGAGGCCAGCUAGCACUGUUUUGAAUAAGCAAAUCCCUACAUCACCCAAACAGGGCCGUACAGGCUCUCAUGUGCCAAAUAUACAAAUUCCUCAUUAUGGUGCAUUUUGCAGUGCUCCAGACAGCAUAAUGUCUAGUCCUUCUCGAAGUCCAAUGAGAGUGCCUGGUCCGGAGCUUGUCCGGAACACUGGUUUUUGGGCAGGAAGACCUUUUGCAGAUUUACCUUCGCUUGGGUCUGGACAUUGCUCUAGUCCAGGCUCAGGUCACAAUUCAGGACAAAAUUCAGUUGGAGGAGAUAUGGCUGGUCAGCUAUUUUGGCAGCAUAGUAGAUGUAGUCCUGAAUGUUCGCCAAUACCGAGUCCCAGGAUGACAAGCCCCGGGCCUAGCUCCAGAAUACAUAGUGGUGCUGUCACCCCUUUGCAUCCACUAGUUGGAGGGGCAACAGAAUCACCUGCAAAGUGGCCUGAUGACAGAAAGCAGCAAGGCCACCGGCUUCCCCUUCCACCCAUAACAAUUUCUAAUGCAUAUCCUUUCUCUCCUUCAUAUUCUACUGGAACAACUCCAGCUCCUCGAAGCCCUAGUAGGACAGAAAAUCCUACUAGUCCUGGCUCUUGCUGGAAGAAGGGGCAACUACUUGGUCGAGGAACAUUUGGUCAUGUGUAUGUUGGUUUCAAUAGUGAAAGUGGUGAAAUGUGCGCAAUGAAGGAGGUAACACUAUUUUCAGAUGAUGCAAAGUCAAAGGAAAGUGCACAACAGUUAGGGCAAGAAGUUGCAUUACUAAGUCGUUUAAGGCAUCCAAACAUUGUACAGUAUCUUGGAUCUGAAAUGGCAAAUGACAGACUAUAUAUAUAUCUGGAGUAUGUUUCAGGUGGUUCCAUUUACAAAAUCCUUCAAGACUAUGGUCAGUUGGGUGAAGCUGCAAUCCGAAGUUAUACUAAGCAAAUUUUAUCUGGGCUUGCGUACUUGCAUGCUAAGAAUACACUUCAUAGGGAUAUAAAGGGUGCAAAUAUACUGGUUGAUCCAAAUGGUCGGGUGAAGUUGGCAGACUUUGGGAUGGCGAAGCAUAUUGCUGGACCAUCAUGCCCAUUAUCAUUAAAGGGAAGCCCUUACUGGAUGGCACCGGAGAUUAUUAAGAAUUCAAACGCCUGCAACCUAGCUGUGGAUAUUUGGAGUCUUGGGUGCACUGUUUUGGAGAUGGCGACGACAAAACCACCUUGGAGUCAAUUUGAGGGGGUUGCUGCUAUGUUCAAGAUAGGACAUAGCAAGGAGCUUCCUGAAAUUCCUGACCAUCUCUCAGAUGAAGGCAAGGAUUUCGUAAGAUUGUGUUUGCAGCGUAACCCAUCAGACCGCCCCUCUGCUGCUCAGCUGUUGGAGCAUGCUUUUGUUAAGAAUGCUGCGCCUUUGGAAAGACGUAUGCCAUGUUCUGUGCCUUCAGAAGCAACCCCAUCAGUAGACGGUUUUGGACAUGCUAAAAAUCUUUCAUGCUUGGACCCAGGAGUGGUGAUGAAUCAUUUUAGAGGUCCAAAAAUAUCAUUAGGUUCCAGUGAUGCUCAUGUGCUGCGGAAUAUAUCAUGCCCAGUUUCACCUAUUGCAAGCCCUUUUCUUCAUUCACGAUCACCUCAGGGUAUGAGCCCAAGGCCAUGUUCUUCCCCCAUAUCAAGCCCCCAUGUCAUCUCUGGAUCGUCUACACCCCUCAGUGGCGGCGGUGGAGCCAUUCCAUUCCAUCUUUCAAAGCAGUCACUACCUUACUCGCAUGAAGGCAUGGGAAUGACCCAGAGGUCCCAAAACAGUUUCUACCCAAAAAGUGGUUUGCCCUACAAAGAGCUGAAGCCUGAACUGUUCCGCGGGGCACCAAAAGCCUCUCAUAUAUUCCAGGAAGCAAUCCAAUCUGAAAAGGGGAUUUUCAGGCAUCAUUAUGGGCGGUCAGCACAAGAUGUGGGAACAUAUAAUGGACAGUUGUCAGCAAAUCUAGUGUCUCCACCUCCGCUGAAAGAUCAACUCAAGUCAAAUCCACCUGUGGAUCUGUGUCGGAAAAAUUAAGUUAAAUUAAUCUCACUUGACUAAUCAGUCUUCCCGCAGGAUCUUUUUGUACUAUAGGUGAUAGGUUCACAAUAGUUUUGAAUAAGCUUGCAUCUGGCAGGAGCUGUAAUGGAAGGAGGCAGAACUUGUUCAUUGUAGCACAGAGUGUUUCUACUUGAACUUCUAUAUGAACAUAUGCUCUGGAGCUCCAGCAUUCAGUUGUUCCUUUCAGCCGCUAGAGUAAAAAAGGUGUACAUGCUUUACUUAUCAUGGAUUUUGAAUUAGGAUUCUAAACCAGGCGUCAACUCUGCUUCUCGACAUGCAAUGGGAGGUUGCAGGAGAAUUUCUUAACAAGAGCUCUGGUUCUAAUAUGGAAUCUAGUUUAUUAAACUGUUUAAACCAAUGUUAACUUAUUUUGCUCUGUAAGAUGCACUCUGCCUCCCGGUUAACUGCCUUUUAAAUAAUUAUGCCUUAAUCUUAAUAUAAUUCUACUUGA